AGCCCAUCUGUCCAACUGAUAGCCUCAAGGUCAAUGGAUGUGAUCAAUUUGGACUUGGUUGCAACCAGUAAUGUGUUGUGCUGAUGAGAGAUGCAUAAGAAAAUUGUCUUCCAAUCAAACCAGACCAUGCAGUGGUUCUGCAGUUUAUGACGUCAUAUCCUCUCGGGCCAGCAAGCCAAGAAGAGUAGUUACCCUUCAUCCCACCUUCUUCGGAGCGGUGGUUCAGGGUCAGAAGCAAAGGUCACCGCUGGUUGUGACCUCGAGGCCAGGAGAGGCCAGGCACGACGGACAGCUCGUGCCCGUGACCUUGGCCUGAUGCAGGCCGUCCUGAACCAGAUUAUGGAGACUUCAUACGGCCCAAUCAACGGCCCCGCGGCCUCCUUACCCAUUCCGGAGCCUGACCUGUUAGACAAUGGAAAGGUUUCCGACAACCGGCGAGAUUCCCAGGACUCGUUUCGGGAAUACGCCCAACGCCAUGUCCGCACAGCCAUCACCAACGCCGCCGCCUCGGGAGUGGGCGGGGCUAACAUACAUCCCCGCCGAGGCACCUCCCACUACAGCAAGCGCAUGCGCCGGCGGCUCGUCUACAAGAACGGCGAGGUCAACAUCACACAGACAAACAUCCGCAAACGACGGCGACGGUAUUUAGCCGACAUAUUCACUACUUUAGUAGACAUCAAAUGGAGGUACAACCUCCUGCUUUUUGCUUUAGCCUUCACCUUCAGCUGGCUCAUAUUUGCACUGAUUUGGUGGUUAGUCUGUUUCUCGCACGGCGACCUCGACCACUUGGAAAACCAAGACUGGAAGCCAUGCGUGCUAGAGAUCAAGACGUUCACCUCCGCUCUCCUAUUCUCCAUCGAAACCCAGCACACAAUCGGCUAUGGAACGCGGCAUACUACCGAAGAAUGCCCUGAGGCCAUCGUCCUCAUGAUGUUUCAGUCGUGUUUUGGGGUCAUUUGCCAGGCCCUCAUGACUGGGAUUGUGUUCGCAAAACUUUCCAGACCUAAAAAGCGAGCAGAGACGUUAAUGUUCAGCAAAAGCGCGUGCAUCUGUAAGCAGGACGGCGACCUUUGCUUGUUAUUACGUGUGGGAGACAUGCGGAAGUCUCAGAUAGUCGAAGCGCAUAUACGAGCCGUGUUGAUCAAAAAGAAGAUCACGAAAGAGGGCGACGUGCUGCCUUUGUUCCAGUUCGACGUUGAUUUAGGUUUCGACGAAGGUCGGGACCGCCUGUUCCUCGUGUGGCCCGUCAUCAUUGUACAUAAAAUCGACGAGGAUAGUCCGUUCUGGGAGUUGUCGCCUGAAGAUCUUCACCGAGAGCAGUUUGAGCUGAUCGUCAUCCUGGAGGGCAUCGUGGAGAGCACGGGCAUGACCACCCAGGCGCGGAGCUCUUACCUGCCCGGGGAGGUCCUCUGGGGGCAUCGGUUCGAGCGCCUCGUUACAUUCCAGAAGGAGAACGGACAGUACCAGAUAGACUUUUCCCGCUUUCACAACACCAUCCCCGUGGACACGCCAAACUGCAGCGCCAAAGAGCUGGCCGAGAUGACAGCCGCCGGACAGACGCCGGAACAGACGUUCGGGGGGGCCAGACCGGAGCAAGGCGACUUGGACGACGACGACGAUGAUGACGAUGACGAGGAGGACGAGGAGGAGAACACGUCGUUGUCGGCGAAAUCAGACAGAUUUCUUGAUUUUCUCGACUCGGAUGCCUCCGAAGAAGAGACAACCUUCUGUAACCGAGCAUCCGUCACCAGUCCCGUCAACGUCGGACCACAGUGGAGAAACUUUUUCAAGGUGGAACAGUUCGACUAGACUCCUGCUGUUUCUAAGGUUCAGCUUGCACGGAAACCGUUUGGAUGACUUACAACGCCUACCAUGGUCGUGAACCUCUCAAUUCUUCAACUGGCGCUGAUUCUCGGAAGCGACAAAGUUUCCCGAUACAUAUUCAGAUGUUCCAGAGACGCCCUUUCCGGGAAAAGAAGGUCAUGACCCGUCCAGUGACUACAUAUCCGCUAUACCGUUUGAUGACGUAGCAACCCACAGCAUGGUGUUGUGAAGAAGCGUUGAGUUGUGUCGCAGAAGGCCCCUGUUGGUGCCCCCGAUGUAGGGCGAGACAAGUAUGGAAACUAAUUCUACAUGUUUGUCUUUCUGCAACCAAAAGUGUAUGGCUCACCUUUUGCCAGCACUUAAACUGCACCCGAUGGUGGUGAAAGAGUUGAAUAAAAAGACAGAAAUAUCGCUGAAAGACGCAAAACACUCUGCGAAGCAAACUUCACUGGUAACUCUUUAUCUACCUGCGUGCAAAGAGAAAACACUGAUGUUCUUCAACUUGCCAGAGAACCUCAUGUAACAAAAGACACCAGCCCAUUAGAGUGCUUUGGUGGCGGUGUGGAAAAAGUUAUGUGUCAGUUGGUUCCAUUUUUCAAACACGUAAUUGGAUGCUUUAACUCACAAAAAACAAUGUGUGACUGAUAUUUUGCCUUAAGCAAUACGGUGAGUGAGUACCCCCAACGCACUGCUAUGAAAAGGAGAAAACUUUGUAUCAAAGCCUUCGUUCCGCGCUAGAGAUUCGACUUGUGCUACGAUUUGACGAUAGAACGUCUCCUCCACAUGAGUGUAACUAUGUGUAAAAAUGUCCAGAGAUAACCACAGACGAUUCAGUUGAACAAAUCGUGUUUGCUAUGUACAUAUUGUACAAGCAUGUGCGUACGUAAGUGUAUGUACGUGUAUGUUUGUAAAAUGCACGCGUAUGUAUAUGAACACACUCGCGCGCGUGCGAGUGUGUGUGUGUGUGUGUGUGUGUGUGUGUGUGUGAGGGAGGGAGUGUGUCUGUGUGUUUGAGUGUGUAUGUGUGUUCGCACGUCAGGAAGUAUCACUGUGACUUUGAAAGAGAUAGAGCAAAAAUGUAGAAAAAGGACAUUAAGGUAAACUAAAAAAGUAAAAGUUCAGCGGUUCUGGGAUGUAAUGCCUGUCUGGCUUCGUACACGUAUAUCGUCGAUCCCGCUACUUAUCUGUCUCGACGGUAAGGUUUUGAUCAAGCUAAAAAAACUGGAAAGUUCUACCCCAAAAUAUAACGGAAAUGUGGUUCAUGACACGUGCAACAUUAAAUGUGCUGAUAUUGGAUAAACACCCAAAGACCACGUAGAAACGCCCAAAGAUCGUAUCUCACACCACAGCUGCAAUUGUACAUAUUACAUGUAUGGUAUCGCAGAACACAGUAAGUUUUUAAGCUUUACAAAAAUCAAAUAUUUAAUUACUGCACAAAUUAAUCAACUCCAGACUUUCUCUGUUCGAAUUCAAUUACUUUUUAAAGAUCAGUUAACCCCAAAAAUGUAUAAUCUUCAUAGAAGUGGCGUUUGCAAAUGACAACAAAAUAUAUGGUUAUUAAUUUUCCAUGCAGUUAAACUCUUCUAUAUAAACGCAUCAACGUUCUUAAUUGGUGCUGACUCUAAACUCCAAACAAACGCACCUCAAGAACCAAGACUGUUUUUCUACAAAAGUACUUACAAUUUAUAACAUAAUUAUGGGACCAUAAAUCAUAAUAUGUCUAAGAAGCCUGGUCUCUAAAGCUGUCCAGCCAGAAUUGCGUAAUGACUUUUGAACAGACACAUUCAGAGACGUAGUUUUUUGUGUUGAUUUUUCUUUUUGUCGCACGAAGGACAUUGCUAUUAAUUCUUGCUAACCUCGUACUGUAUAUCGAGUAAUAUUUUAUUACGUCAUCGUUGGUUUUUAAAAGCGAACAUAGUAAGCUAAUAUUGUAUAAUUGUGCAGUUGUGUAUUCCACUAACUUAAAAUAUUAUAGGGAAAGUUUUCGAGUCGUGAGUUAGGAUUGAAGAACAUUAACACGGUCAGUACCACCACAACAGUCACAAUGACAUGAAUAACAACGCUAGCAAGAUACAUGUAUCAUGCUUUAAUAGAAGAAAAUAACAAGUCGUACAUUUUGUGAAUUGAGCUAUUGUUUAUUAAGUAAAAGAUUUCAAUUCAAAAUAAAGACUUUUGUGUCCUUUACACUUGUCCGGGGAAGCUAAACAAAAACAAACAAACCGUGAAAAUGGUGCAGUCCGAAAAUGCAUUUCCUAGGAUUUGCUGAAGUCAUAAUUUGUGGCGCCAUUUUUUCCUCCAGUCUGAGCUCUGUAUUUAAAAUGUCGUGGCUUUCUUUUUACAAUGGAAAGAAAUAUGAAAACAAAAUCAGACGCAAAUUAAUGGCACUUGUUUAUACUUUAACCGAAUGGCACCAUUCAAACAAGCAAAACUGUAAACAGGGAGUUAAUAAUUUCUGAAAAAUAUAGCAGCAUUUCAGGGUUAUAUUCUUCAGAGGUGCUGCAAAAAGUACAGGGCUAGUACUGUAAAAAAAAAAAAA